AUGUCUCAAAUUCGAAUGUACAAAAACCCUGUUCUCAUAAAAGUUAAAAGUGAGAAAGAGAUUGACGAUAAAGAAGCAGUACAAAGUAUAAAAAUGUACUUAAAAAGUGAUGCCACAGAAGCCCUUCCUCAAAAAAAAUUAGAUAACCUGAAAAAAUUACAAAGAUUUCUUUCUCGAAGCAAUAAACUUAAGUCCGAUUCCGAAGGAAAUAUAAUUCCGAUUGCUAUUAAUAUGUUUUUAUGUAAUGUUGCAAACCUGAGACUGAAUUGA